GACUGAAGUGAAGAUAGGUAGAGGCAGGUAGGAAGCAGUUCUCUUGUUGGACUCACUUUCACCUCAGAGGGCGUAUACUAACCAUUUGUACAUGCAAGUGGUGUAGGUUGACUCUGACACUCAAACAAAAUGACAGUCUUGAAAUCCUCCUCACUGCUGAGGUCCUGUGCUCACAGCUUGAGGUCUGUGGAGGCUCUCAAACACAGCCGGACUUCGAAAAUAUGCAACACGAGUUUACUCCAGUGGUGCAGGUAAGUUCUGGUUCUUCUUGUUUUUGGGUUUAAUUGAAAAAAUGUUGUUCCUUUUACGCUGAAACUUGUGUUUCCUGCAAUCACUGCUGCAGGCUCAGUGUAAAAAAACACCUCUGUUUCAGCUGGUGACAGCGCUCUCUAACAGAUAUGUGGACAUGAAUGUGGUCAAUGAUUAAGAAAGAAGGUUAUCUGGCCAUGGUGGGACGGUCCAUCAUUACAAGCAUUUUUCUCUCUGUACCUUUCACCCACUCCUGGUCUCAACAUUCUAAUAUCUGCAGUCAAUGCACCUCAAACUUUAGUCUAAAAGAAAAGGGAAGGGCUGUGUUAGGAGUCACUUUUAAGAUUUAUGGUUGGUCACAGUGCUAGUGCUCUGGCUGGGACCCUAUAUGUACUGUUGAUGAAUUUGUGGCUAUAGAGUGGCGUUUUGGAUGAGUGCGUGACUCCCUGUAUUGCUAUCUGGGGUCGUUGCUAAAGUUGGUAUAACUAAAGAAGCAACAGUCGGCAACAUUCAUCUCUUAAAACAUUAAUUGAUCUGCAGCCAAGUGACUGAAUGAAUCAUCACAACAUUAGAACUGCUGAUUUGAUCAUGUCAGUACAUCACAAAUGGAGACCAAAGUUGAAAGCACCUUAAUCAAAUCAAAGAGACAUCCAUAUCCAUGUGAACUUAAAUUAUAAUUUAUAAUUUACUUCUCAGUCCAAGUAACUUCAUGUUAGCACCAAAGGGUUUCAAGACGAUGAUUGUAUUUUUUCGUAGAGGCAGGUUAAAUCCAGUUCAUGCCAAAUACACAUGCUCUGAUUCUCAGGCUGUGGACUGACACCUGAGGUUGUCUCAGGUUGUCAACUGACUCCUUUCUUUUUCUCAUUUCCAGGUCUCUCCAUGUGGACUGCCCUCCUCACAUUCCCUCUCUAACCACCAGCUAUGUCCACGGCACCUCCUCGGUCUCUCUGCUCCCCCUGACUGUAGGGGGGAGCCUGGACUGUGCUGUCGAACGCUGGCCUGACCGUGAAGCUGUAGUCUUCCUGCAGGAUGGUGUUCGUAAAACCUUUGCACAGUUUCAGCAAGAUGUACGUCGAAGUUAUUCAAUCGCUAAAACUGUCAGACCACUGAUAACUCAAGGUGUAAUUUGCGGGAGUUAAGAGUGACAUUUAUUGUUGCAGGUUGACAAAAUGGCAGCAGGUCUACUUGCACUGGGCAUGAAUAAAGGAGACCGACUGGGAGUUUGGGGACCCAACACAUAUGAAUGGAUCCUUUUCCAGUUUGCCUCAGCAAAGGCUGGGAUUAUACUGGUCAGUGCGGAGGUUUUACCUUUGUUUAUGGUGUUAAUAGGCCGUUAAAGUGAUAUUUCUUCAGCUGGGUGAACAGAUGACAUAAGCCCCUGACCUUGGUUACCAAAUACCGUGGUGUCAAAAGGUCGGUCCACAGCUUAUUGGACUCUUUCAGGGGCCCUGAGAGAUAUCCUGGAACUGUAAAAAGUGUAAUCUGUUAUAUUACAGCCAAAUUACAACCUGUAUUUUUUAUGUUAUAAACUGCUGAAUUGUGUCUUGAUAAAGUAAACAAAAAGCUGCUGUUCUUGUUCUAUUUGCAGGUGUCCUUGAACCCAGCGUAUCAAGUGAAGGAAGUGGAGUUCACUCUAAGGAAGGUAACGUGAACUCUUGCAAGGCAUACUUACACAACCACGUGCAUACACCUGACAAAGGACAAUUAUAAAAUAGAGUAAUCUGACAGAACUCUUUUUUCUAUUCCAGGUCCAGUGUAAAGCUGUUGUCUGUCCUUCUCACUUCAAAACACAAAAUUUUGGUGAGAUGUUGAGGGAGAUCUGCCCGGAGAUAGACAAGAUGCCUGCAGGCAUGCUCAAAAGCUCCAGGUUAGACAGAAUCCAUCUGAAUGAUCCAGUGUAAUACUUAGUCUUUGUGAUAUAUUGAUACUUGAGGAGUGAGUAAGGAUCCCUCAGAGGGUUAAGGUAUAUGUUAUCCAGCCCUUUCACUAUUCCUUCACAAAUGCCUGUGCUCAUUAUUAAUUACAUUGACCUGUCAGGACUCCUGGACGAUUCGAAGGACUCUUUUGUAACACAAAGAUCUUGUAUCUGGCUCCCAGGUUGCCAGAUUUGCGUUUGGUGAUUCUGAUAGAUAGCAGACAGCCAGGGAUGCUCCAUGUAGAGGACGUAAUGCAAGCAGGAGAGAGUCAGCACCAUAGAGAGCUCAUGGAUCUGCAGAAGAAGCUGUCUUUUGAUGAUCCAAUCAACAUCCAGUUCACAUCAGUAAGAUUACAUGUUUCUUUCUUGAACUGAUUGCAUCAAGUCAUGUGGGUCUAUUAGAGAUCAAUUAAUGAUGCUGUUUUCUUUGCAUUAGGGAACAACAGGGAGUCCAAAGGGAGCAGCUCUUUCCCACCAUAAUAUUGUAAAUAAUGCCUACUUUAUCGGCCACCGAGUGGGUUAUGGAUGGAGGGUAGGUCCAGAUUUGUCUCUUUGUUUAAUGACAGAAAAGCGAAACUUUAAGUGACCUGAAUUUCAUCCUUCUGAUUAGCCUCAGGUUCGAGUAUGCGUUCCAGUUCCCAUGUAUCACUGCUUUGGCUCUGUACUGGGAGGGAUGUGUAUGGCAGUGCAUGGUGUCACUCUGGUCUUCCCCUCCACUGGGUACAACAGUGAAGCUAAUCUAAAGGCCAUACAGAGUGAAAAGUAAGGCUCACUGUAUAUUAUUAAAAUGUUCUCCAGAUAUACAGAGAGCCACGCGCUCAACCAAAACGCCACUCUAUAACCACGAAUAAUGCUCAGAACAGCACCUAACUUCAUCAACUGUACAUAUAGGGUCCAAGCCAUACUACAUGCCACCAAACAUCUUUUUAGCUUUGCCUAAUUUAUUAGCAAAGAGACUAAACACAACUCACCUACUCUCUUCCAGCAGCCGCUUGUUUGUACGGAGACCUCCAGGUGAGUCCAUCGACUGCAGCAGGGUGACGCAGCUCAAGGAGGAACAUUUAUGAUCAUCACUUUAUCAUUUCCUUGAAGUAAUAAUCAGCGUCUCUGUCUGAUUGCAUUUCCACGAGGAAAUGAUCAGAAAUGUUCUUCCUUGAGCUGCUUCACCCCGCUGUAGUUGAUGGACUCACCCAGAGGUCUCUGUACAAACAAGCGGCUGCUGGAAGAGAGUUAAUGUGUUUGACCCUAACUUAAUUUUACGCCGGAAUCUCCCUUUAAAACAACUGCUAAUUUUAAUUCUUUAAUCUUCAACCAAGGUGCAGUUUCAUCUACGGCACUCCUACAAUGUUCACCGACAUGCUAAGUCAACAAGUUGUACACAAGUGUGACAUGUCUUCAGUUGAGGCAGGUAAGACAUUGAAAGACUGUCAUGAAGAGAAUAUUUUGAGUGUGAUUUGAAGUUUGCAUUUAACUAACUCGUUCCUUUAUUUCAGGUAUCAUGGCCGGUUCUCCGUGCCCCUCUGAGAUCGUGAGAAAACUUAGAUCGGACAUGAACAUGAAAGAGAUAACGGUAGGCUGUCCUUUCCAAACUGUGUUACAUCAUUAAGAUUCCCCCAGCACCUUGAACAUAUGGAUUUUUGUGUUUUUACAGAUAGGUUAUGGAACCACUGAGAAUAGCCCACUUACAUUCCUCGGAUUCCCACAAGACAAUGAAGAGCUAAGGACGGACACUGUUGGAUGCAUCAUGAGCCACACAGAGGUACUGCUUGCAUACUUCUAUCCACCAUAACAACACUCCAACUCAUCCGUUAUUUUUUAUCCUACACAGGCUAAAGUGGUGGAUCCUAGUUCUGGGGAGAUCGUCCCUUUGGGGGCCUCAGGAGAGCUGCUGAUCAGAGGUGCAUGUGUGAUGUUAGGAUACUGGGAGGAUCCCGAGAAAACCGAUGAAGCAAUCUGCAAAGCUCGCUGGUACAGGACAGGGUAAGAGACUGGAUAAUAAACAGGCUGAAUUCAAAGUUGUGGCUCUUGAUUGGUGGCCACUGCAACCAAAAGAGCAUUUCCACUUUAAACAGACCCAAGCUCCACUUCUCCACUGUGCAAUUAUGGGCAGCAAAAGCCACAAAUACACAGUGUUAUCCUGAGGCACCUCUUUUUACCAGCGUUUACACAGUGUAUAUAAAAGAUAACACGAAGUAACGGUGGCCUAUAAGGACAAAAAGCCCCUGUGAUGCAUGAUAAGUAUGUGUGAUUACUUCCACGCAGUGACACAGCCAGUCUGAACGGUCUGGGGUACUGUCGCAUUGAAGGCCGUAUGAAGGAUCUGAUCAUCCGAGGAGGAGAAAACAUCUACCCAGCUGAGAUAGAGCAGUUUCUUUUUACACAUCCCAAAGUGCAGGAGGUGCAGGUGAGAUUUACGACCACUAGAGGGCAGUAAAAUCUGAACUUUAUACAAACUCUUAGCAGCAAAGCAAUACUCUUUUAUGUGGUACAAUAGUGUGCCAUCUUUUUAUCAAGAGGAGGCUGAAGUGUAUUUUGUUGUUUCUGAUUUUAAGGUGGUAGGAGUGAAAGAUGAGAGGCUCGGUGAGCAGGUGUGUGCCUGCAUCAGGCUGAAGGAGGGCCAGAGCUGCAGUGCAGAGGAGAUCAGAGCGUUCUGCAAAGGCCAGGUCAGAGAUCAACAAAACUAUCAAAAACCCAUUUCUCUAAACCAAACCUGGACUUUUUAAAAAUCCUGUUUUUGUCCUCUAGAUCGCUCACUUCAAGAUUCCAUACUAUGUGUUCUUUGUGGACAGUUACCCUCUGACAGCCUCUGGAAAGGUGCAGUGCUGCUGCCUUACCUGAACUAUCAUAACCGCUUUGAAUCUGGUGUGUACGAUGAAAUAAAAUUGGCUUUUGCUUUGCGUUUUUUCCAGAUCAAGAAGAACGUUUUGAAGGAGGAAAUGGAGAAGAAACUUGGCCUUUGAGCGGAUCCUGAUAGAAAAUGAGAAACCAGACAGAAGGAAUGAGGAAUGAAGGAAGAGUUUAUAUCACCACUGAGCUUUAAAACUCAUUACUGUCAAUGUACAAAUUAAAAUCUUUGUAUGAUGUCUGUUUACUUGAAAUUACAAUUUUAACAUUGCACAAUAAACCGUACCUCUAUCUCCUACUGAAGGUCAAAAGGGUGAUUAAAAACUUUGGAAAAAUA